AUGAUCGUAAGCGUGUGUGAGGGGCUAAGGGAUGAGGCAGUGAGGGUUGAGUUAGUGAGGCAUAAGGUGAAGUGGAAGUCGGGAAGUGCCGAAGUGGAGUCAAAAGUCACUCGUCGUUUGAAAGGGAAAACUAAAGGGAUGAGUGAGUGUUUGAAUUCCAUGAGCACAAAUUCGACAAAAGAGUGGCCGGCUAAGACAACUUUCUUAACCUAUGCUCUGCCCAAGUAG